CUCUGAGGAGGUGGCUCCUCCUCUCCAGCAAAGCUUCAUGAUCCCCAGAAAGGAGAUAAACGUGGUUUCCGACAUGGCCAAGUGGAAGCGCUCUCAGGCCUACGCAGAUUACAUGGGCUUCAUCCUCACUCUGAAUGAAGGUGUCAGGGGCAAGAAGCUGACCUGUGAAUACAAAAUUUCAGAGCCCAUUGAAAAGCUGGUGGCUCUUCUGAACACCCUUGACAGAUGGAUCGAUGAAACUCCACCGGUGGAUCAGCCUUCUCGUUUUGGGAACAAAGCCUUCAGGACCUGGUACGCCAAACUAGACCAGGAAGCAGAAAAGUUGGUGGCAACAGUGAUUCCCAAGCAUUUGGCUGAUGCUGUGCCAGAAGUGGCCGUGUACCUGAAGGAAUCCGUGGGGAACUCCACCCGCAUUGACUAUGGCACAGGGCAUGAAGCUGCAUUUGCAGCCUUUCUCUGCUGCCUCUGCAAAAUCGGUGUGCUCAGAGUGGAUGACCAGAUGGCCAUUGUCUUCAAAGUAUUUAACAGGUACCUAGAAGUGAUGCGAAAGCUUCAGAAGACCUACAGGAUGGAACCUGCUGGCAGCCAGGGCGUGUGGGGCUUGGAUGACUUCCAAUUUCUACCUUUCAUAUGGGGCAGUUCCCAGCUGAUAGACCAUCCAAAUCUGGAGCCUCGACACUUUGUUGAAGAGAAUGUGGUAAAUGAAAACCAUAAGGACUUCAUGUUCCUGGAGUGCAUCCUCUUCAUUACAGAGGUAAGGCCUGGAAGGUUUGCCCUGUGCGAGGAUGAGGAGGGUUUGGGAGCAUCUCUUCGGAGCCUGUCACACUAG